CAGGGCGGGACGGGACGGGGCGAGGAGAGGCGGGGAUGGAACAGCAGCAGACCACCACACUAUUUCAGAAGGUCUAUAGGCUAUAGUGUAUGCUCCCAACUUUACCUUUUACCAUCACGAGCAGGUAGGAAAGAGUCGCCUAGUUCGCGUGUGGCUGCCGGCGUGAGGGUGAAGCAGGAAGACGAGCGAUUAUGUGGGUGGCAGUGGUAGUUCCGGUUGUGGUGGUGGUGCUGUCGGCCUUGGUGAACGAUCCUCUCGGCCUCCUGUACUCACGCCCCGAAGUACCCACGACCACAACCAGCAUGCCUUCCCAAUCCAAGGACAACGUCGGGGAGCCUCUGUUCCUGACGCCCCUUCUGGAAACUGGGAGGAUCGAGGAGGCGCGAAGGCUGAGUCGAGUGCCGUUGGGCGAGGAAUAUGGGUUAAGCUACGCGGGUUUCUUCUCCGUGGACAAAGCCUUCGACGCCCACCACUUCAUCUGGUUCUUCCCGGCGAGGGAGGCUUGGGAGGCCGCCCCUGUGAUGGUUUGGCUUGACGGGGGUCCGGGGCUCUCCUCCAUGCUGAGCCUCUUCUCCAUGCACGGGCCUUUCUCCCUGACCCGCGAGUGUGAACUUGUACCCCGCCAGCACACCCUCACCAAGGUCAUCAAUGUGAUAUAUAUUGACAACCCCGUCGGUACAGGCUACAGCUUCACCAGCACUGAGGACAGCAUCCCCAGGGACCAGGUGAAGGUGGGCGGCCAGGCGCUGGCCAGCCUCACGCAGGUGCUGCAGAUGUUCCCGGAGAUUAGCGACAACAACCUUUACAUCGCAGGACACUCUUACGCAGGGAAGUUCGUGCCUGCGCUCGCCCACGCCAUCCACACCCACAACUUGGAGGCCCUUCACAAGAUACAACUUAAAGGUAUCGGUCUCGGGAACAGUUUGGUGGAAUCGGAGUCUGUGAUCAACUACGGAGACAUGCUUUACGCGACCGGGAUGGUGGACGAGAAAGAGCGACGCUACUUCAAGGCCCAGAGCGAGAAGGCUAGGAGUCUCGUGCGGCAGGCCAGGCUAGAGGCGGCGCAUCUG